AUGGCACAACAUACAUCCUUAACACUUCCAUGCGUUUUAGUUCUCAGUUUUGCUUUCUCGGUGGUUUUGGCUGAUGUUGUCGAGCAUUCAUUUUACGUUGAGGAUAAUAUGAUAGUGAACCAGCUGUGUAGUCAGCAAGUGAUUACUGCUGUGAACGGAAGUCUUCCCGGUCCGACAAUAGCCGUCCGAGAAGGAGACACCCUUGUUGUUCAUGUUUUUAACCUUUCCCCCUACAAUCUUACCAUUCACUGGCAUGGAAUUUUUCAGUAUUUAAGUGGGUGGGCAGAUGGGCCAGCAUAUGUGACACAGUGUCCCAUACUCCCGGGGAAUAGCUACACCUACAAGUUUACAAUAACCGGUCAAGAAGGAACUUUAUGGUGGCACGCUCAUGUUUCCAUGCUCCGAGCCACUGUUUAUGGUGCUCUCGUUAUUUAUCCUACGCCUGGUCGUUCCUAUCCAUUUACACCACCAGAUGAUGAAUUCAUAAUUCUCCUAGGGGAGUGGUGGAAUAGCAACGUUAUUGAUGUUGAUGAACAAGGGAAGCUUACAGGCGUAGGACCAAAUAUGUCUGAUGCCUUCACCAUUAAUGGCCAACCAGGCGAUCUUUACCCAUGCUCUUCUGAUUCUACAUAUAAAAUAAACGUGGUCUAUGGCAAAACAUAUCUACUGCGCAUCAUCAACGGGGCACUUGACGACCAAUUAUUUUUCAAGAUAGCCAAUCAUAAAAUGGUAGUGGUCGCCGCCGACGCCGCCUACACAACCCCGUACGAAACCGACGUCGUACUUCUCGGCCCCGGACAAACCACGGACGUCCUCAUGGUCGCCGAUCAGUCUCCGGGGGCGUAUUACAUGGCCGCCAGAGCCUACGCCAGUGCCAAGUCGGUGCCGCCGCCGCCGUUCGACAACACCACCGCCACCGCGAUCAUUACUUACGUCGGCGCGCAAUCGUCAUCAACCCCGACCAUGCCUGUCUUGCCGGGCUUUGACGACAAAGAUACGGCCCAAAGAUUCCACAGUAGUUUGACCGGGCUGGUUAAUGGGCCGUUCUGGAGACCCGUCCCCGGCCCGGUGGACGAAAACAUGUUCGUUACAGUUGGAUUGGGCCUUCUCCCCUGUGCAAACCCGGGUAACAUUCCGUGUGCUAUCCCAGGCGGGCUUUUGAGACUCACCGCAUCUAUGAACAACGAAUCUUUCCGAUUACCGACCACUUUGUCUAUAUUGGAAUCACAUUUUAACGGCGUUGGUGGGAUCUACACCGACGAUUUUCCCGACCAGCCGCCGGUAACGUUCGACUAUACGAAUCAACAAUUCUCCAACCUUAGUGUUCCGGCCAACAUAGCGAUUUCUAUGAGCAGAGUUUCAACUAAGGUGAAGAGGUUGUCGUAUAAUUCCACGGUCCAAAUAGUGCUUCAAAAUACUGCAUUGGUGGGAAUAGAAAGUCACCCUAUACACUUGCACGGCUACAAUUUCCACAUUUUGGCUCAAGGCUUUGGGAACUAUGAUCCCGUUUCAGACUCGAGUAAUUUCAACUUGUACAAUCCUCAGGAACGUAAUACCAUUGCCGUCCCAGCUGGUGGAUGGGCUGUCAUUAGAUUUCAAGCUAACAAUCCAGGUGCAUGGAUAAUGCAUUGCCACUUAGAUAUGCAUCUGGAGUUUGGUUUAGCCACCGUUUUUGUGGUUGAGAAUGGACCGACACCAGAGACAUCGUUGCCCCCACCGCCACAAGAUCUUCCUCAAUGUUGAUAUAUAAUUUUAGCAAAAAAAAAUUGAGAUGAUGUGUUUAAGAAACUUUAAUUUACUUGUCAAUAAAAGUGCAAUAUUUAUUAAAAUUUUAGUAAAAUUGCACGACAGUCCACACUGCAACACGUAUAGUAGAAUUGAAUUUUCAAAAACUUUGUAACUAUGCUUCUAGAAUUACAAUUUGCUAGUCAAUGAAAAUGUCAUAUUUUAUUACACGUAUCACUGCAUCAAAUCCGC